UGUUCACCCCGUGUUGUGUUUACUUCGGUUGUGCAAUCCAUCUUUUCUGUGCUGACUUUGAUUAUUCAAAUGAGAAAAAACAAUUUUCUUUGAAAGUUGGUGUAAAAAUCGGUGAGACUUGCUCUAAUAAUCAUGCCUGAUAUGCAAGAUAUGCUGUUUCAGCUACGAUUCAGUAGCAAGCAGUUAGAAAGAUUGUCAAAGCGAGCAGAAAAAGAUGAAAAAAUACAGAGGAAUAAAAUCAAAAAAGCAAUUCAACAAGGUAAUAUGGAAGGAGCCAAAAUUUAUGCUGAAAAUGCCAUUCGUAAGAAGAAUGAGGCUUUGAAUUACCUACGAAUGGCUUCUAAGAUAGAUGCUGUUUCAUCUAAAGUCCAAAGCGCAAUUACUAUGAAAGGGGUUACAAAAAACAUGGGAUCCGUAGUCAAAGCUUUAGACAAAGCUAUAAAUUCUAUGGACUUACAAAAGGUUUCUGCUGUAAUGGAGCAAUUUGAGCAGCAAUUUGAGGACCUUGAUGUUCGUACCUCGGUUGUUGAAGAUGCAAUGGGAAGUGCAACAACUACCACAACACCAUUAGCCCAAGUAGAUAGUCUCAUACAACAAGUUGCUGAAGAAAAUGGGCUUGACAUUAUGGAUCAGUUAGCUCAAGCCCAGUCUGUACCUUCAGGUAGUAUUUCUUCAGCUACUGCUGUUGGUGAUCGAUCUCAUACUGAAGAAGAUGCUCUUUCUCGCAGGCUUGCUGCUUUGCGGAAUUAAGUUCACAGAUGAAAAUUCGAAAAUAUUUUUUGUCCUUAAUUAUCAGUUUUACUUUGCUUUUACUAUCCUAUAAAUGCAAUUAAAUGCAGCUUCAUUAACAGUUUUAACAUUUUGUGUCUUCCUGUUUUUUCUUUUUUUUUCCUUGAAAUUCUAGCUGAAAAAUAUGACUUAAUUGAUAUUUCUUUCGUGAUUCUUCAUCCCAAAUUGUUACAAAGAUGUAUAUUUUUCUCAGUAUUCAUUGAAACUAUGUAUGUAAAUUGUUUGUUAUAUUUUUGAAUAAAGAUCUAAAUGUUCUAA